GGUGGUGGAGGCGGGACAGGCCUCACGUGAUCUGUCAUAUGACAGCAGAUCCGCAGAACGACCGGAUGGGACCCCAAGCCUGCCUCCUCGGGCUUCUCGCCCUCUCUGUCGCCGGCCAGUGCAGUUACAGCCCAGAGCCUGACCAGCAGCGGACGCUGCCCCCAGGCUGGGUGUCCCUGGGCCGUGCGGACCCUGAGGAAGAGCUGAGUCUCACCUUUGCCCUGAGACAGCAGAACGUGGACAGACUGUCCGAGCUGGUGCGGGCUGUGUCGGACCCUGGCUCUCCUCGCUACGGAAAGUACCUGGCCCUGGAGGAUGUGGCUGACCUGGUCCGGCCAUCGCAACUGACACUCCACACGGUCCAAAAAUGGCUUUUGGCGGCUGGAGCCCGGAACUGUCACUCGGUGACCACACAGGACUUUCUGACUUGCUGGCUGAGUGUCCGACAGGCGGAGCUGCUGCUCUCUGGGGCUGAGUUCCAUCGCUAUGUGGGGGGACCUGCAGAGACCCAUGCUGUAAGGUCCCCGCAUCCCUACAGACUCCCGAAGGCCUUGGCCUCCCAUGUGGACUUUGUGGGGGGGCUGCACCGCUUUCCCCCCACAUCAACCCUGAGGCAGCGCCCUGAGCCGCAGGUGACGGGGACCCUCGGCCUGCACCUGGGGGUGACCCCGUCCGUGAUCCGCAAGCGGUACAACUUGACGGCACAAGAUGUGGGCUCCGGCGCCACCAACAACAGCCAAGCCUGUGCCCAGUUCCUGGAGCAGUAUUUCCACGCCUCCGACCUGGCCGAGUUCAUGCGCCUCUUCGGUGGGAGCUUUGCGCACCAGGCAGCCGUAGCCCGCGUGGUGGGGCAGCAGGGCCGGGGCCGGGCCGGGAUCGAGGCCAGCCUAGACGUGGAGUACCUGAUGAGCGCCGGCGCCAACAUCUCCACCUGGGUCUACAGCAGCCCGGGCCGGCACGAGUCACAGGAGCCCUUCCUGCAGUGGCUCCUGCUGCUCAGUAACGAGUCGGCCCUGCCACACGUGCACACCGUGAGCUACGGGGAUGACGAGGAUUCCCUCAGCAGCGCCUACAUCCAGCGCGUCAACGUCGAGCUCAUGAAGGCUGCUGCUCGGGGGCUCACCCUGCUCUUUGCCUCAGGUGACAGUGGGGCUGGGUGUUGGUCAGUCUCUGGAAGACACCAGUUCCGUCCCAGCUUCCCUGCCUCCAGCCCCUAUGUCACCACGGUGGGAGGCACAUCCUUCCAGAAUCCUUUCCGAAUCACAAAUGAGGUCGUUGACUACAUCAGUGGUGGUGGCUUCAGCAACGUGUUCCCCCGGCCUUCAUACCAGGAGGAAGCUGUCACCUCGUACCUGACCUCUAGCCCACACCUGCCACCAUCCAGCUACUUCAAUGCAAGCGGCCGUGCCUACCCAGACGUGGCUGCCCUCUCCGAUGGCUACUGGGUGGUCAGCAACCACGUGCCCAUUCCGUGGGUGUCUGGCACCUCGGCCUCCACUCCCGUGUUCGGGGGACUCCUGUCCCUGAUAAAUGAGCACAGAAUCCUCAGAGGCCACCCACCUCUUGGCUUUCUCAACCCAAGGCUCUACAAGCAGCAUGGAGCAGGGCUCUUUGACGUGACCCAUGGCUGCCACGAGUCCUGUCUGAAUGAGGAGGUGGAGGGCCAAGGUUUCUGCUCGGGCCCUGGCUGGGAUCCUGUGACAGGCUGGGGGACACCCAACUUCCCAGCUCUGCUGAAGACACUAAUCGACCCCUGACCCUGUGCUGCUGGAAAAGGGGGCCUGUCCGCUGCCCCACAGCUGGUGGCUCCGUCCCUUAUUCUGCACUGUCAGAAGCCCUGAUGAAACCUCAACUGCUGAUCGCUGCACACAGCUGCUCUCCCCAGCCCGGAAAGGCUGUGCACUUGACUGCUAAGCCCACCUGCGCCAUCACACUCAGGGCCCCCUUCACCUGUCCCAGGCCCCUCUACUGAUGCACUGUCCGGGAGCCCCCCCCCCCCGCCCCCAUGUCUUCUUGGGCUUUUCAGCAAGGCUUUUCCACGGGGUUGCCUGCACUAUCUGUAUACCCUGCCUCCCCUCAGCUUCACUCCUCAAUUCAUUGCCUUGAGGCCUCUGCUCUCUCACUUUCUCACUCUUCCCUGGUCCAGCGCACACGUGCCAGUCUUGGCUUUACGAGCUCUGUCACCGGUGCCUGCCCCCUCUCCUGCCCUGGCUUUCGGCGUCUCUGACCACCCCCUCGUCCUCUUUCAUCCUCUAUUUCCUCUUUCUCUGCUUCCUCACUGAAUGCUGGUGUCCUUCACGGCUCCAGCCUUACCCUUCUGCUCUUCUCAUCGUCUCCGCAAACAAAUCAACUGCUGGCAUCCCCAGCCAUCACCAUCUCAUUAAAUCAGACUGUCUCUCCAGCGGGGAUGGAUGCCUCAAGCGCAAAAGCUGUGUGAUACUCAGUCCUUCAUCUCUCUUCCUCCAAAUCCCAGACUGUCGUGUUUCUGCUUUGUAAAUGACAAUUUCAUCCAACCAAGCCAGAAACCUAAAGCGUCAGCCUUCAGCUCCCCACAUCACCACCUUCAAUCGACAAGUCCUACUGACUUUACCUCUUAAAUAUAUCUUUAUCAGUCCCCAAGUCCUGCCAAUUAUACCUCCUAAGAAUAUCUAGAAUUUGGGAGUUCCCAUCGUGGCUCAGUGGUUAACAAAUCCGACUAGGAACCGUGAGAUUGUGAGUUCGAUCCCUGGCCUUUCUCAGUGGGGUAAGGAUCUGGCGUUGCCGUGAGCUGUGGUGUAGGUUGCAGAUGUGGCUCAGAUCCCACAUUGCUGUGGCUCUGGUGUAGGCUGGUGGCGACAGCUCCGAUUCGACCCCUAGCCUGGGAACCUCCAUAUGCCACGGAUGCAGCCCUAGAAAAAGGCAAAAAGACCAAAAAAAAAAAAAAAUCUAGAACUCAUCUAUCUCUGCUGCUACUACAUUAGCUUUGAGCCAUACUCUCUUCUCUGAAUUGCAGAGGCCCUUUUGCAAGAAGUGUCCUUACUUCCCGUCCUUCCUUAAGGCCAUCCAGCAGGGCAUUCUCUGGUGGCCUAAUGGUUAAGGAUCUGGCGUGGUCACUCCUGCGGCUGUGCUCCCGGUUGUGGCUCGGGUGUGAUCCCUGGUGCAGGAGCUACUGCAUGCUAUGGUCAUGACCUCGAAAAAUCCAUCUACCAGUCUAAGAUCCAAUUCCCAUGAGGUCAUUUAAUUAAUUAAGACCUUUUGAAGACGACUGGAUAGAGUUCAGGCUUUUUAUCACGACUCACAAACCUAAUCCUUUCCUUGCUGUUUGUUCCUGGGUAACAAAUUUAUUCUUCCCCGCUCUCCCCAUACACACAUUCACUUUUGCUCAAGGUCGUCCGUACCAUUUUAACACUGCCCUGGUCCCCUCUGCCUGCUUGAUUCCACACUUCUUUCAAGACUCAGCUCGGAAGUCCCCUUCUCUUAUGAAACUGUUGGCUCCCUGAAGCUAGUUGAUUUUGGUAUGGCAAAAAAAUCCCAGAUUUUUAACACCAAACCUGUUUGAUUCUUGGUUCUGCUACAGACUAGGAAAGAGCCUUGGGCAAGUAAAUUCAUCUCUUUGAGCCUUUUCCCUCAUCUGUUAAGUGAGGAUAUUGAUACCUACCUUUCAUAGUAUUCAGGGGAUCAGAAAAUAGAAUAAAGUUGAUAGAAGGCCCUGGACACAAAGAAGUAGGCAGCAGCUGGUAGUUCCCAUCCCUGGCCCCGAGUGCUGUGUCUGCCUCCAGUAUUGGAACCACCCCAUCGUGCUGAAAUUGCCAGUUUACCUGUUUGCCUCCCUUUCCAAGACCACUGGUGCCUAGAAGACUAGAAUCUUGUCUUACUUAACUCUGUAUAAGCAGGCCCUAGCUCAGGACUGGCAGAUAGGAAUUAAAUAAAUUUGCUGCCUUGGAAACACUA